AUGUCAUUGUGCGAAGCCGGAGGAAAUUGCUUUAAUUUGAUGAAAUCCUAUCUAGAAGAGGUGGAACGAUGCUACAAGAACUGGCACUUGGUAAAUAGGACAAUCACACAUUCUAUGAACGACUUCACAAAUGCUCUUGUUUAUGCCUUCAGUGUUUACACUACAAUAGGUUACGGGAAUAUGGCUGCCGACACGACUCAAUGUCGAGUGGCUACCAUUAUUUACGGGGCGUUUGGUAUACCGUUAUUUUUUGCGUUUGUAAAAGAAGAGGGUAAUCUCUUCCGAAAUGUGUUCAUUUCUAUUUAUAAUCGCAUUAUUGAAUGGCGACGAAAACAUUGUGGAUGCCAUUAUGGAGGAGCAGAAAACAACAAUGAAAACUUGUCUACAACUCCAGUCAGUAAGGAAAAUGGUACUGCCAAUAACAACAAUGUGGCCCAUAAGCCGCUCCUGGAUGAGGAUCUACAAACGAAGAAAGCUCGAUUCUCGCGUAAAUACAGCACUGCCUCUUUACUAGGACAGAAGUCAUGGUUAGACGAACAGCGGCGGGUUUUCAUAGCAGGAGUUCUGUUCUUCGUUUUAUACAUCCUGUUGUCGUCGGUCCUAUUCUCCAUUUCGACUGAAUUUGACUAUUUCACUUCUGUAUACUUCCUCUUCAAUAGUGUAGCUCUUAUCGGGUUCGGCGACGUUUUCCCACGGGAACCGAGGACAAUACUCGUUAAUGCAGUAUUCAUUGUUUUUGGCGUAGUGUUGUUCUCGAUGUGCUACUUCAUUCUCCAAGAAGAGAUACGUAACAAAGCAUUCGAAGCCUCGAGAAAGGCGCGUAUUUCGAUCUCGAAAUACUCUCACACUAUAUUACAGCAUGCCUCACGGGGUGCAUGGUCACGACGAAAUUCACCCUUGCUUGACGCUUCUCCGGAAAGUGCAUUUGAACGGUUGCGGAAGCGACGCCAGUCCGCGCCGGUGUUGACGCUUACCGUACCAACGGAAGGCUCUCGAGAAGCGUAG